AUGAAUAGAUUCCGGGUUCCUUUCAGAACAUUUGUGAGACGUAAUUCCACGGGCGUGGAUUACUACAAGCUGUUUCCGCAGACGUUCCCCUCCGGAGCGCCUCCGAAAGCGCCGUUUGCUGUUGACCUGAAGAAACUCCGUAAAGAGUUCCGUCUUUUGCAGAGCACCAACCACCCGGACAUCAACAAGAUCAAGGACGCGACGUCGGGCGAUGUUUCUUCGUUAUUGAACAACGCAUAUGCGGUACUUUCGAGUCCAUUGAGACGGUCACAGUACUUGCUGAACAGAAACGCGGGGAUUGAUCUGAACAACGACGAUAUCAGCAAGAAGUUCCAGUUCCAGGACCAGUCGAUCUUGAUGGAGAUCCUGGACGUGCACGAGGACUUGGAGAAUAUCCAGAACGAGUCGGAGCUCGAAGGACUCGAGGCCCAGAACAACGAGCGGAUCGAAAAUAGCAUCUCAAGGCUCGAGGAGCUGUACAAGGGCGAUGAUUACGACGCCAUUGCGCUGGAGACGGUGAAACUCAAGUUCUGGGAGAAUAUUCGCAACGCUUUGAAGGAGUGGGAGGCCGGAAAACCGGUGAACCUGACGCAUUGA